AUGAAGGGUACAGUGCCAACCACGCUUUCGGACACGCCUUCUCCAGGGGGUAGUGUUGCUGCUACCUCACUUAACGCAGAGCGAGUUUAUUUGCUGAAAACUGAUACCCUACGUCCACUUAGUGGUGACACGGGUCCCAUCUACACUAAAAGAAGCGCUUUACGCCGUUGCCGGCACAGAGAGGGUGUGGAUGGGCCCAGCGUAGACAGGAUGCCGGCAGGCAUCUGCAGUGCCGGCUCCGGGACUGUAUCUGAUUCAGGAAAGGAGAAGAAUUCUGGCAGAAGCACCUUGCUGAAGCAGAGACCAACUGUGUUCCCUGAUCCUGACAAUGACACACCACGGAUUAUGCUCAAGAGAAUCAUCCGGACCCAACCACAAGUUUCUCCUCUAGCACCUCAGAUAUCUAAACAUGAAGAAGCAGAAGAAGCUCGAUCAGAACUCCCAUCUAAGAGGGUUUCCAGCAUGGGGGAAAUGCAACUGCCAGACCUUGUUCCUGAGGACACAUCUGUCACCACAUUCCGUAUGACAAAGAAGAGAAAGAAACUCAGCAUUUCUGAAUUUGAGAGAGCAGCAGACAAACGACUUCCUCAGAACCAAGCUCAGUCAACGUUGGACAGCACUACUUUGGCUCGAUCUCUUCGCAUGUCUCUUGGUUCCUUGAUCCCACCAGACACUAUUGAAAAGAGAGGCUUGCUCCGGAGGCCAAAAAAUCGCAAAGCUAUUGACAUGGAAGCUUUUGAAGGUGGAGUGGAACAGAACAUGCUGAAGAGAAAAGCACAGAACUAUCUUGUGGACUCACAAACAGCAUCUGGGAUUCGAACAGCCAUGCUGACAAGUGAUGCGGAAAUCAUGCUGAGUAACACGGAGCUCUUUGUUCAGCCUCAGUUUGAUGAACAGAGCCAAAAUAAGCUUUCUGCUCUUGAACCACAGCUAUCAGAUUCAAAAACUUCAGCACAGAGAAGCAAGAUUUCUGAUGCAGCUCAAGAGGAAGCAAGGCUGGUGGAUCUGGUAUCCAGUGUGGGCACAAAUGAGGGAAGGAUCCAAAGAUAUUCUGAGGACUUAAUCCUUGAUCGUGAGCAUAUUGACAGAAUGACUCGUGUAUCUCCAAAAGCACCUGCAAACCAGCAAGAAGAUAAGCAAGAUCAUUCCCAGCAGAGUAACCCAAUGGAGCAGCUUUCUGUUUCAGAAGAGGUGGUGGUUGGCAAUGCAGAGCAUCAUGCGAAUGCUGGAUAUUCUGAACAUUUGGAGAAGAAGCUGACCAAAAAAGCAGAAUCGCAGAUAACUACAGCACAGGAUGCUAGAGUCAGAACAGAAAUGGCCCCUUCAGAAGAAGAGGGAAUAGCAGAAGGCAGUGUUGAACACCAAGGCUCUCCCGAAGCUGAACGUGAGAUUGCCAAAGAUACUGGAAGUCUGGGCAGGCAUUCUCAUGCUUUUUCCUCCUCUGAAAAAUCUGGGACGAAGCCAUUAAAGGAAGCUGUUGAACAAGCAGAUGAACUAGAGGACCAGGCUAUUAUGGUAGAAUUGGAUGAUCCAGAAGAGGAGUCUACUGAGGAUGAAGCUGAAGACCCUGAGAGUCAAGAGGUUUCCAUGAAGACGCCCACGUUUGUCCGUGCUGCAGCCUACAAGCCACUGCUGUCAACUCCACGUCCUGCAAAACCUGCUGCUCCCAAGUCUCCCCUGCAGAUGCUGCGAGCUAAGCCAGUUCCAAAGAGCUCGGGAGCGUCACAGAGGAAAAUGCGUGAGCCUGAAGUAGCAAGUAGUUUGAUAAAGAAGAUAUUUAGCCAUUAUGUGAAAAUGCCAGUGGCCAGAGAUGCAAUUAAAAUUGUUGAAAAAUGCUCUGAGAGAUACUUCAAGCAGCUGAGCAACGAUCUGGAAGCUUACAGCAAGCAUGCAGGGAGGAAGACAGUGGAGAUGGCUGACCUGGAAGUCCUCAUGAGAAGACAAGGGCUGGUGACAGACAAGAUGCCGUUGCAUGUGCUGAUAGAGCGUUACCUCCCUCUGGAGUACAGGAAGCUCCUGAUUCCGGUUGCUGUAAGUGGAAAUAAAGUGAUCCCCUGCAAAUGA